UCAUCGGAUCAUCAUAACUAAAUGUUUACCGUGCUGACCGGUUUGGCUCUAGGAGUUCCAACUUCCGUGGAAUCAGAGUCAAACACAGCGCUCCUCCACCGGGUCAGCGGUCCUCGUCUAUGUGGCAUCCGGUUCACCGCAACCAUACAAAGACUUUACCAAGGAACCAAUAACAGGGUCUGUUGUAUCAACAUUAAUGAAGCGGAAGUGGGCUGAUCAGUAAGAAGAAGAAUUGUUAACUGGACAGAUAAAAUAUUGAACUCUCAGUAAGUGAUGUUUUGAGUGUGGUCUGAGUCUCUGGGAUUUAAAAAAAAAUAAAAUCAAGGUGAAAGACAAUGAGACUGUAAAACAAGCUAGACAUAACAGAAAAAAUAUAGAUGAAAUGAAAGCAGAUGCGAAGAAGAUUCCCACCCACCGAACACGCGCGAUGCGACUGGAAACUCUCUUAUCUGUGCUGGCUGUGCUGCUCGUCGCCCAAGCUAGAGAGGAAGGUACGCCCAUUUUGAAGCACGUGAGCCACAUGACGGAGAAAGAACUCAAUCAGCACGUGAGAAAGGUUCAGCUGACGCCUCCCGUGGGCAUGUCGACAUACCACCUGGCUCGCCUUGUGGCUGACGAGAGUCAGGCGACGAGCGUGUUGAAGAAUCUCGUAAACGUUAUGUUCACCACUCUCGACGUGACCAAUAGGUACCUGUCGUCUUGGGAGGAGCUCGAGGCCGCGGGCGUGGAGGCAGAAGGAUUCGCGAGCCAUCCCUUGCACGCCUACGCCCUCACCAAGCACGUGAGUCUGGGCUGGCCGCACGUGGAGGCUUCCUUACGUGCGCUCAGCAACCUUUCGAAAAACGUGGAAUGGCUGUUGUCCCGGAGAGAGAAGCGCGGCGUCCCCACGGGCGAGGACCUGGCCACGGUGGCGGGGGGGCUGGCCAGACUGCACGACUACUACAGCCUCAACCUCACCGCCCUCGCCCACGCCCAGCUCGUCUCGGCGAUCGACGCCCGCGCGGUCCCCGUCAAGAUCUCGCCUACAGUGGUCGAUCUGCACCGCAUCGGCUCCGAAGCCGUGUCUCACAACGUCCUCAACUCCGGCGUGGACUUCUUGAAGGCCGCCCUGGACCGCUGGGACGGCAACGCCUCCUUCGUCAGGAAUUCGGAUACCUUCGACGCCCAUCGGGAGCUGCGACAAAUUGACCUGUCUUUCAGGAGAGCCGUUAAAAUACACGACCAGGUUUUAGAGAAGAAAGGUCCGCGGUCUGACCUUCACAGCACCUACGCGAGGCCCUUUAACAAGACAUUAGCGAGGAAGAAGAAGUACCACAUGAAAGAGGAACUUGUCUUGGGCGUGAAAGGGAGUCAGCGGCAGGGCUUGAAGCAGUAUCAUCGCUUAUGUCGCGGUGAGGAGCUUAGGCCAGUUGACAUAACGUCACGCCUGUACUGCCGCUACGUGACCAACGGCUCGCCACUCUACAAGAUCGGACCGCUGCGGAUGGAGGUGCAGUCGCUGGACCCGUACGUGGUGACGCUGGAGGAGGUGGUGACGCCCUCGGAGGCCGCCGAUCUGGUCCUCGCCAGCGCUGGUUACCUGACCAGGUCCUCCACCGUUAGGGGGAACGGAAGCUCCAUAGAGGAUUUCAAGAGGACCAGCUCGACAGCCUGGAUGUUGGACAAGGACAUUCCCAUCCUGCCUGUCCUAACCAAACGCAUUGAACAGAUGGUUGGAGUGAACGCUCAACUCUUUGACGGAGCGGAAAUCUAUCAGAUACUGAAUUACGGCGUGGGAGGCCACUAUACAGUUCAUCACGACGCUUUCGUGUAUCCUCGGAUGGCAACGUUUCUCAUAUAUCUAUCUACCGUUCCACAAGGUGGGCGCACGGUGUUCCCCUGGGUAGGCGCGGGCGUGCGACCCAAGCGUGGAUCGGCGCUCCUCUGGUUCAACAUGAACCGCUCUGGGAAACCGGACUCACGACUGCAGCAUGGCGCUUGUCCGGUCCUCUUGGGUGACAAAUGGGUGAUUAACAAAUGGCUGUACUACACGGGACAGCAGAAGACUCUCCCUUGCAUCCCAGGCAAUCCCGAGGCCACGGUCAGCCAGCCGCUGUCCUGAUUACUGCCUUUGCUUGGAGAAAAGUACAGCAGCAACUGUGAUACCGUCUAGUUCUUCCAAUGCUUUAUAUACCUGUUUAAGUAAUCAUUAAAGUAUAUAAGAAA